UAUUUCUGGACAGCUGCCCGACUUGCUCAACAAACUGAGAAAUCAACAAGGGAAGAGUUUCGGUGCCGUCGCAGCCCUUGACAGUGUCCUGCUGAGAACUAGAAACCUGUCCUUUCCCCACUGCAUUCUUCAACCAGGAGAGAAAAAGAUGUUGGAAAAUUGGAUUUUGACCAUCCUUGUUUCAUUAGGCGUUGGCUCCGUUCUGGUCUUGCUGGCCACGAUUAUGCUCAUCAAGCAUAACGUCCAUGCCAAAAUCUUUUGGAACGAGCUGGUUUUAGAGAAGAUCACCAACUUUGUCAUGGAUCAAAGCAAGGAGCAGAGGAUUCUAAAUUCGGUGUCGUACAACGCCAUCAAGGGGGAUCCGGAGAGCGUGUUGAAUUGCAUCGAUAAGUACUGUGGCCAGUACGAGUGGGCCAUGAAUGUUGGAGACGAGAAAGGGAAAAUUCUAGACAAAACUGUCGAGGAAGCUGAGCCGACGGUAGCUCUGGAGAUGGGGACCUACUGUGGUUAUUCGGCGAUCAGGAUUGCUCGGCUUUUGAAGCCCAACGCUCGCCUCCUCAGCAUCGAAUUCAACCCCGAGUUUAUACCCAUCGCGAAAGAGAUCAUUGAAAUUGCGGGACUCAGCGAUAAGGUGACUAUCAUUGAAGGCCAUACACAGGAUGUUAUCCCUCAGCUGAAGAAGAAAUAUGAGGUGGACACAUUGGAUUUCGUCUUUCUCGACCAUUGGAAAGAAAGAUAUGCCCCAGACACUAUUCUUCUUGAAGAAUGUGGUCUUCUGCGCAAGGGCUCCAUCCUUCUAGCUGACAACAUCAUCUAUCCAGGCGCUCCGGAGUUCAUUAAAUACAUUCGGAGUAACAGCCGCUACGAAUGUACCAGCUACCCUACCUUUUUGGAAUAUAUGAAGGUGGAGGACGCCAUGGAAAAGGCCGUAUAUAUGGGAUAAGGGUGGGUGGGAGAGAGGCAGGGAGGGAGAACUUAUUAGGGUUCAACUUGUGUACAUGCGAGCCUACGCAAUUUAGUGCUUUAGUUUUGAUUUUUGCCAAUGGGAGCUUUCUGCAAGCUGGUUGUAGACCAGGAUUUAGGUAUCCGGAGCCAAGACAACUCAAGAACCACUUCUUUUACCAGAGUUUCUAGAUUUCACCAACUUUUAAGAUGGGUGGACUUCCACACCCAGCAUGCUGGGCGGGUUGACGUCUAGGAAAGCUGGCUGGGGAAUUCUAGGCGUUAAAGACCAUCCAUCUUAAAAGUUGCAGAAAACUGCUUUCGACAAGCCCUUUCGUUGCUUUGAGCUGUCUUUUAUUGCUUCUUCUCUGCUUAAAAUGAUUUAAGAAGGCACUUAGUCUGGGACGCCCCUGCUACCGCAAAAGGAGAAGUCAGCUGGGUUGAUCUCUAAGGGUGAAGGUCUGUUCUUGUGUUCUGCAAGGAUUAAAAAAAAUUUUCCCCCAGAAAUACCAAGUUUUGGGCUAGGGGGACAGAUAAAUUAUCUCCUUGCCAAGAAUUGGGGAAAUUUUUUUGGGUAAAAUGUGGAACACAGGAAAAAGUCAUCUUCACCUUUGCUGUGUUCUUCAGAUGCUGUUAAGACAAUCUGUGGAAAGGCUAAAGUGAUGUCUUCAUAAAAAGAAUCCAUCCAUGGCAGCAGCGAUGAUGUGCUUAUAAUAAGUCCAACAUUGCAGCCCGGGGCUAAAACCCACAUCCUGUCUCUUGGUCUUGUAAUAAAUGUGCUCUUUUUGUAUGGUGGAACAUCAUUUUUCCCCGUGGAAAAGGGAUGAGAAAAAGAAUAUACCCAGAUAAGCAGGGAUUAACACCAGACAAACGAUCAAGCAGAAAGCAAUAUCCAAUUCAAAGAAGUCCUAAGGAGAAAAGUAUCCCCUGACCAACAAUCACAGGGCAAAGUACUGUAUCUAAACAGAGAGUAAACUGCACAUUCCCUCACACUGAUGAUGUUAUCUAGUCAGGUAACGAAAUGUCUCCAAGCAAACAGCCAAGCUCAGAGAGUACCAUACUGCAACUCAGCCUGUGCAUUCUAGGUGUUGUAGUCCUACCUAUUCUGGAGGCCCCUGGUUAUCGGAAAACUGAACCACUUCAGAUGAUUUCCUUUUUAGAGAUUCAGCUAUGCUUGUUCAGUAACAGAAUUAUUAUAUCCGCCUCAAAGCGGCAUAUAUUCUCCACAACUGACAGAAGGUUCUUUUUGUAACUAAAUUUUUCAAAUGUAUACAUAAAAUAGGUAGUUUUCUUCACCGCCCGUGCCAGGAACUGCUUGUAGACAUCGAGAAAGCAUCGCUUUUUAAAUGAAUGCAUUUCCAUUUUAUAGAAUAGAAUAGAAUUUUUUAUUGGCCAAGUGUGAUUGGACACACAAGGAAUUUGUCUUGGUGCAUAUGCUCUCAGUGUACAUAAAAGAAAAGAUACGUUAUCCUUAGCUUCUCUAAAUUACUACUCUUUUGCCCUCUUCUGCUCUCUUCCAAUUUCCUUGCAUCCAACUUUCCCUCCCCAAAAUAAAUUAGAGAGGCAGAAUUUAACAAACAGUAAAAAAAAAAAAGCAAAAAAAGGCUUAAGUGGUAAAGAAUAGACCACAACUCCAAAUUAAGCCUCAGAUAUUUUCAGAGACAAAUUUUAUCAGUCCCGAAACGCUUUCCUUGAAGAAAGUUGCCAGCACGUAACGUUUAAAUCUUCUCCAAACCUCAUUGGGAACAUGCAUUUUUUCCAGUUUAUUCAGACCUUAAAUAAUCCUAAUGAAGACCAAUUAGCUAAAUGAGAAAUAUUGACAGAUCCCAGCAAUUAAGUUGAUCUCCUAACAUGAAAAGAAAAAGAGAGAGAUUAGGCUUACUCAUGGAUGUUUUUGUCUUCACCACCGUUUAUUUAGGAGAUAUUCAAUUUGGAUUAAUAAAGUCCAGCAGAAUCUUCUAAGAAAAAAGUAGGGAUUUAUUCGCAGUGGCUCAUAAACACAAGGAGGAAGAAUGUCAGAUUCGGGACGCCGUUUCUUGAUAGAAUAGAAACAGCACAUACCAUAUGAAAUAAAUUUUGAGUCACAGCAAACCUUGCAGCUUGCUUGUUACAAAUACAUUGAUUAGGGGGUGAGAUGUUAAGAUUGGUUUCCCACAAUAAAGUGAUCUUGUUUGGACAUGGUGAACACACUCCUGUCAUCAUUCCACCCUCCAAGUGUUUUUUUUUUCUUUUUUCUUUUAAAUCUUGCAGGGAGUUUGCAUUCCACAAGAUAAAUUCCCCAAAUUGUGAAUAUCCAAAUGCAUUUGCAAAUAGUAAAUUUGAUUGCAUGGGAGGACUCCUUCAGCAGGCUUUUAAAACCCCCAAGGAUCAGUUCUUAAUUUCAAUUCCCAGAUUUUCUCUCUUUAAAAACAACCUCUUGGGAGAAGGAAAACACUUUUCCAUUUCCCCCCCACCUUUUUUUUUUUUUUUUU